CAAGCAAAAUCAGAGAUCAAGUGUCCUUGUUCCAAAUGUAGAUGCAGGAAAUGGGGGAACCCUGAGGUUAUCUCUAUGCAUUUGUGUAAGCAUGGAUUUAUGAACAAUUAUUAUACAUGGUAUGUUCAUGGGGAAACAUCCAACAAUCCAGCAAGAAACCUUAUAGGGGAAUUUUCUAACCUGGGGUUUGAUAGAAAUGAGCCAGAUGCAAUGUAUCAUGAAAUGUUAGUUGAUGCAAUGGAUCCACAGGGUGAAUAUAAUGAGGACCCAAUGGCUGAGGAGCCAAAUCAUAAGGCAAGGGAAUUUUAUGAACUUUUGCAUGCUGCAAAAGUUCAUAUAGGUAGUGGGGAACAGAAUGUGACUGUUCUUUCAUGGAUGGCAGAAAUGCUAAACAUGAAAACUCAUAAUAACAUGAGUGCUUCUAACUGGGAGAUGACAUUAUCAUUGAGUCGAAAGUUGUUAAGUGCAGAAGACCAAGAAAAGGUGCCAAAAGAUUUCUACACUGCUAAGAAAAUGAUAAAUGUGCUCAGACUUGGAUACAAGAAAAUUGAUGUUUGCAUUAAUGAUUGUUUCUUGUAUUAUGAUGAGCAAAGCAAGAAUUUAAAUGCUUGUCCGGUGUGUGGAGAAUCUCGUUAUGAACUGAGGAAUAUGGCUGCGGUGAGGCAGAAAGCAGUUCCAAGAAAAUCUUUGUGGUACCUUCCAAUUAUCCCAAGACUGCAACAACUAUACAUGUCUAGGAAAAUAGCGGAGCACAUGACAUGGCAUUUGAAAUGUAGUGAUGAUUCAGAUGAAGUUAUUCAUCCUGCAGUCUAUAACCUUCCGCCUGAAUUGUGCAUGAAUUCGGAGCAUAUAUUCCUUUCCAUGAUAAUUGCUGGACCUAAAAGUCCAGGGAAAAAUAUUGAUGUUCUGCUUAGGCCAUUGAUUGAUGAACUUAAUGAAUUAUGGACAAAUGGGGUUGAAACAUAUGACAAUUUUAGAAAACAGAAUUUUAUCAUGAAAGCUGCACUGUUGUGGACUGUAAGUGAUUUCCCAGGGUAUGGCAUGUUGUCUGGAUGGAGUACACAUGGGAGCUUUAAAACCCAAUGCUACAUAUGUUCUUACUCGAGACCAACGAGCUCAUGUUUGUCAGUGGCUGAGGGAUUUGAGAUUCCCAAAUGGCAUCUCUUGCCAGUUGCUUUUUGUGAUCUCCUUAUAGAUGCAGUUUGGGGUCCUUUCACUGAUGAUGAUGAUCCUCUUAUGCCGCAAUUAGUGCAACCCUUAACUAUUGUGGAUGAUCAUGUUCCGCUAGCAUCUUCGAGAGGAGCACGAGUGGUUAUUGGUGAGGACUUGCAAUUAUCUGAUUCGGCUGCACAAAAUGAGGAAGAAUGUGUGGAUGAGGAUGAUGAGGAAGAGGACGAGUUUGAGGGGACAGAAACACCAGAAGAAGAAGUUCCAGAUUACUUUACCGAGAAUGAUAGUGAUUAGCUGUAUUUUGUUUGAUCUUUUUCUUGAACUGAACAAAUGAUAGAUGACCAUUUAUAUUUUGUUUGUAUAACUAAAGUAUGACAUAUUUU